AUGGGUUUUUCUCGUCUAUCAAUUUGUAUUUUAUCCUGUAAAAUAAUAUCAUUAAUAUGUUUAAUUAUAUCUAUUUAUUCUUAUCAUUGGUUUCAAAUUGAUAAUUAUUCAGUAAACGAACAAUUAAUUCAAGAUUUAUGUACUUCAUAUGGAGCAUUUUGUAAUAUAAAUGAACAAAUGCCAUUACCUCGUUUAGUUAUUAUUUUACCUUGUCUACUUUCUACUAUUGGUCUUUUAUUAGAAAUUAUUAAUCUUUGUCUAUUAUGUUCAAUUCAAUAUCGUAUUCGUACAAUUUUAAAUUUUUUUCUUGAACAAACGAGUAUUGCUUUAUCGUUUGCUAUUACAAUUCAUUGUACUUGGGUUAGUGCUGUUCAUAUUCGUAUAGCAAUUGAAAUCGAUGAAGUUCAUCUUAAUUGGACAUUUUUUGCAUUUGGAUUUGUUACUAUUCUUUUUCCUAUUGAUUGUAUUUGUUCAAUUACUCGAAUGAUGAAUAAUUGUCAAUAUGAACAAAGAGGUCAAGUAAAAAAACAUACUAUACAAAUUUGUAAAUGUCUACGACUUAAAAAAAGGUGCUAUGAAUACGGCAGUAGAUGCUAUGAAGAUAACCAUAUUCAACGAAAAAUCUGGCUUUAUCUUAUAAUUCCUAUACUUAAUGUUGUAAUUGAAUCAUCAAAUAUUCUUCUUCUCUUAUGUACGCGAAGUCGAUCUCGUAUUAAUUUAAUUUUAGAAGAAAUCACGCUUGUAACAAGUCUGGUAUUUAUAGUACCAAAUGUUUUUAUUGUCCUCGCGAUUUGUGUAUAUGCUCAUAGUAGAUAUGAAGAAAUAGAUUGGUCAAUGAAAAUAUAUCUCAUAUCAGUAAUAUUGUGUCUUAUUGAUUUCGUAUGUUCAAUAGUUCGUGUGGUGUCAUAUUGUCGUCAUAAUUCCUUUCGUUCACAUCCAGUAAAAUAUACAUCAAAUAGUAAUCAUGAAACAAUUAAUAUUCAAUCCGAAUAA